AUGAGCCAGAUAUCCCAUGAAGAUUGGUGGAGAGGUGUGGUGGUACUGUCACUUGACCAUUAUGCGCGAGGAACCACAUGGGCGUCGCGUUUGCUCCAGACGCAAGCCGUCAUUAUCGUACCGGAUGACAUGCCCGCGGGCGAGAUCCACGAACUCAAAGAACUCGGCUGUGUUGCUUUGCAACGGCCGGCGUGUGGCCCUAUUACUCCACUGGCGUCGGCAUGUCAACAGCAAGCUCUUUACAUCAAUCCGUUGAAUAAUUGCCACGUACUUGCCGGCAUGGGAACGAGCUGGGGCGCACUGGAGGCUAUUGGAAUAGCUUUCAAGCUCUUUGCUCCUCAGGUUAAGAUAAUUGGGGUCGGUGUCCACUCGUCAGCGGGAUCGUCGUCACCAUCGUCCUCGGUAUCAACAGUAGACUCCAUUGCGCCUCGGACGCCCGAAGACGCCAGUCCCAACUCUAUCAAUGAUUUGAAUGUGCUACAGGUGCAGAAGAACUGGCUCAGGUUGUCUGAGCAACUGGAAACUUCCACCACUAGUAGUCAUACCGAGGAGGAGGCAACGUCAGAAGCGACCCGUAUCCAUCCUAGCGUUGUGGACGAGAUCAUGUUCGUGGAGCCCUACGACAUGUCCCAGGCAAUGAAAGAUGUCUUUGUUGAGUUUCGGGUACUGAUAGAUGCGGACGGGUCCUUGGCCGUCGCUGGGUUGAAGCGCCACGCAUUUUCAAAGGGGCUUGGUAUGGAGACCCAUCGGUAG